AUGGCCGCGGACGUAGAUAAAAGCCAACCCGGGGAUGGGAGCUGCAACCCGGUGCAGAACGAAGCAACCCGCCCUGGGAUGACUUCUGUGCGGUGGCUCUGGAGAGGAGUUUGGGUCCUGAUCCUUACUGCUGCGGUGCCUCUCCUGGCGUUUGGAAUCAAGUACCAUCAAGAUGCCCAGCUUGUCAAACGUCACGAGGAGAGCUUGCAUACUCUAGGAGCAGAAGGACUCUUUCUAUUCUCCUCCUUGGACACUGACCGGGACUUCUAUCUCAGUCCAGAGGAGUUCAAGCCUAUUGUGGAGAAACUCACUGGAGUUACACCUCCCUUGGAAGCCGAAGAAGAAGCCAUACACGACCCCAAUGGAGAGACUUUGGUAUUGGUGGCAAAAAUGCAGCCUCUUCAGCUGGAGUCUAUGACAAAGAGCAAGGAUGGGUUUCUUGGGGUUUCUCACAGUUCUUUGAGUGGUCUUCGCUCAUGGACGUCUCCCGCAAUCCCCUCCUCCACGUUCUCGGCCAGCCAGUUCAGAGUCUUCCUGCCUCCAAAGAAUAAAGUAGAUGUGGGAGACACAUGGUGGGUCAUCGCAAGUGAUCUCAAUAUUUUUACUGGUUACCUGCCCAACAAUCGCUAUCAUCCUCCGACUCCAAGAGGCAAAGAGGUUUUCAUUCACUCUCUGCUGAGUAUGUUUCACCCUCGGCCUUUCAUCAAAUCGCGGUUCGCUCCCCAGGGCGCUGUGGCUUGUAUCCGUGCAAGCAACGACUUCUAUUUUGAUAUUCACUUUCGAAUUCAUGCGGAGUUCCAGCUAAACGAAGUGCCAAACUUUCCCUUUUGGUUCACCCCGGGUCAGUUCGCCGGUAACAUUGUGCUCUCAAAAGACGGUUCUCACGUUCGCCACUUCCACCUUUACGUCCCCAAUAACAGGUCUCUAAACGUGGACAUGGAGUGGUUGUAUGGCUCCAGUGAAAGUAGUAACAUGGAGGUGGACAUAGGAUACUUACCACAGAUGGAGCUGCUGUCUUCUGGCCCAUCCACUCCCUCCGUUAUUUUUGACGAGGAGGGUAAUAUACUGGACAGUAAGGAAAGCAGUCAAGAGCCAAUCCAGUUUGUUUUUGAGGACAUCGUCUGGAGCUCAGAGAUCAGUCAUGAGGAUACAGUUCGCCGCAUGGAGGUCACUUACUAUCCAUUCAAGAAGGUCGAUUAUCUUCCCUUUUCAGAGGCUUUCACAAGAGCGGAAGCAGAAAACAAACUUGUACAUUCAAUUUUACUGUGGGGUUCUGGGCGAACUCUCCGGGAAACUGUCCUGGAAAGUUCGCCCGUUCUGGCGCUCCUCAACCAGAGCUUCAUCAGCAGCUGGUCUCUGGUCAAAGAACUGGAGGACCUGCAGGCUGCGGAGAAGAACCUUGUGAGUGAGAAAGCCCGUCUACACCUGGAGAACUACAACUUUCCUGUAGAGAUGAUGGUGGCGCUGCCUAAUGGGACCAUUGUCCACCACAUCAAUGCUAACUAUUUCCUGGAUCAGACUGCCAUGAAACCAGAAGAGGAAGGAGCCACUUUCAGCUUCUCUGGGGGCUUUGAAGACCCCUCAACGUCCACUUACCUGAGCUUCCUGAAGGAGGGCUUAGAGAGGGCCAAGCCGUACCUGACAGAAUAA